AUGGGUACUUACUGGCUGUUCGUCCUGUGCCUAGUCACUUCCCUGAAUGACGUCAUUAGUAGCACGGAAACGAAUGUGAUUGGUAUUGACCUUGGAACAAUUUACUCGUGUGUUGGAAUUUACCGUGAAUUGCAAGAAUUUGGUCGUGUCGAUAUCAUUGCUAAUAACCAAGGUAACCGCAUCACGCCCUCCUAUGUUUCUUUCACAACACUGGGAGAUCGUCUUGUCGGUGAUGGCGCCCAUAACCAACUGACACUGAACCCCAAGAACACUAUAUUUAACGUAAAACGACUGAUAGGACGUCUUUGGGACGACUCAUCAGUGCAAGAAGAUAUUAAACAUUUGCCAUUCAAAGUGAUCAACCAACAAAACAAACCACACAUUGAAGUCAAAGUAGGUGACGAAAUAAAAGUGUUCGCAGCGGAAGAGAUCAGUGCUAUGGUUUUGGGUGAGAUGAAGCAAAUUGCUGAAAGCUAUAUAGGGAAGUCAGUCCGAGAUGCAGUAGUGACUGUACCGGCCUAUUUCACUGACGCACAGCGAAUGGCAACCAUACACGCCGGCAAAAUAGCUGGUCUCCGUAUUGCAAGACUUGUAAAUGAGCCAACAGCAGCGGCUAUUGCUUACGGCCUGGACAAGAAAGAGGGUGUAAAAAACAUAUUUGUUUUCGACCUUGGAGGUGGGACUUUCGAUGUAUCCAUUUUGACAAUCAGCCAUAGCGAAUUUACUGUACUUGCCACAAAUGGUAAUACUCACCUUGGUGGUGAGGAUUUUGAUCAACGUGUUGUCAAACACUUUCUUAAUGUCUACCAGAAAAAGACCGGACAUGAUGUGAGCAGUGACCAGCGUGCCAUACAAAAACUGCGUCGGGCCGUUGAGAAGGGGAAGCGGAUGCUGAGCAAUGCAUUGCAGACUCGAAUUGACAUUGAUUCUUUUCACAAGGGAGAGGAUUUCUCUGAAACCUUAACGAGAUCAAAAUUUGAAGAGUUAAACAAGGACUUAUUUCUCUCAACCACAAGUCCUGUUAAACAAGCUAUAGAUGAUUCUGGUUUGACGGCAACGGAGAUUGAUGAGAUUGUACUGGUUGGGGGCUCAACUCGUAUUCCCAAAAUACAACAAUUAGUGGAAGACUUCUUCGAUGGAAGAAAAGCAUCUCGUGACAUAAAUCCCGAUGAAGCCGUAGCAUAUGGUGCUGCUGUACUUGGGGGUGCAAUGAGCGAUAAAAUACGAGACUUGGUACUUGUAGAUGUCACACCUCUGAGUCUUGGGAUUGAAACAAUAGGUGGAGUAAUGAGUAAUCUCAUCCAAAGGAACACCGUGAUCCCGGCAAGAAAAUCACAUUUUUUUACAACGACAUACGAUUAUCAAACUACAGUAACUAUCAAAGUCUUUGAAGGGGAGCGCUCAAUGACUGAGGAAAAUCACCUGUUAGGGAGCUUUGACUUAAAUGGCAUCACACCAGCACCACGAUUUGUUCCACAGAUCGAAGUAACCUUUGAUAUCGAUAUAAACAAUAUCCUGUUCGUCUCGGCAGAGGAUAAGAGUACGGGAAUCAAGAAUGAGAUUACUAUCACUAAAGACCAAAACACACUCACUCCCGAAGACAUUGAAAGAAUGAUCGAGGUUGCAGCAACGUUCGCAGAGAAGGACAAUCAAUUUAAAGUCAGGAUAGAGACCAGAAACAAUUUAGAAGCAUACAUAUAUUCUUUGAAAAACGGCAAAGCAGCUAGUGUGGGCAAGCUCACCAAAAACCAAAAAGAUGCUGUAGUUAAAGCUUGCAACGAACAUUCUGAGUGGCUUGAAUAUAACCAAGAGGCUGAAACCGCUGUUUUGAAUGCACGUAAGAAAAUGUUAGAAGAUGUUGUACAACGAAUUGUUGGUAAAACCAGAGUUGAACUUUGA